GAUGGAGAAGGAGGGGACGAUAUUGUUGCUCGAAGUGCACGCAGUGGCGGUUCUCCACGGCGGCCACUAAGCAGUCGCAGCAUACCCAAGCUCGGAGGCGCAGACCAAGACGAAAAACGAGGGCCGGGAGCUGACACCGAGGAAGCAGAGGGCGAAAUUAAGGCGCCUGCGCGUCCCUCGAAAGGGAAGACGCUCACGGCAAGGUUUUCUCACAAGCCUGAUGAAGAAGAGGAAGGCGCGCAGAGUCUAGGAAGCAAAACGGUCAUGCGUCAAGGCUCUGCGGUCCUGUUAAGGCUCACACAAAAAUGGAUAUGUGAGACUCAUACCCUGACACUUUACUGGAUGUGUUAGUCUUCUUGUGAAGAUGCUUCGGCUUUUGCUUUUCAUCUAUGUACUAUUACAGCUGAAGAUCAUCUUGAUAUUUUUAUAACUCGGGCUGCUGCUGUGUGUGCCCAUCACCAUCAGAUGAGUACUUAGUUUAGUUCAUAUUUCUGAGUUCUGACAGUCGUGUCUGUGUUCAUCAUCACCAGAGUAGAGUUCAUAUUUCUGACAGUCGUGCGUGUGUCCAUCUUCACCAUCCGAGAGUUUGUUAGCAUUCUACGACGCCCUUAAAUCAGUCUGUACUUCGUGCGAGAUUUAUUGCAUUGCGAUUGCGUUGUCUUGUCUUGUAUUGUUGAGUAGACGAGUGCUAAUCUUGCAUGACGGAGAGACUGAGGAGGAUGCCGAGGCGCGGAGGCAGAUGCUAUUAGAGCGCGCGGAACGGACCAGCAAUCUACUCGCCCUUGAGGAUGCCAAAGCCGUUGAAAAAGAAAGAUUAGGGCUAGUACCUCACAUUUACCAUAUAGAGGGGAUCAAGAACCCGAACAACAAGGGAACAAGACAGAGGACAACUCAACUCACUCAGCUAAAAAGAAGUUGUAAGCAUUGACAUAUGGAACUUGAAUGUUAUACGCACUAGAAGAAGUGAUAAAAAGAUGUAAGCAUUGUGAUCCAUAGUUCCAUUAGAAUGCUCAGUAGUAGUAGAAGUAAUAGUUGCCGAGCUUUAAAAAGAAAACGCCAAGCAAAAAAAGAAGCACGGGCUUCUGCGGAAGGUGGUGAAAAGGACAAGAAACGCAAGGAUAAGUCCUCAAAAGGCGAAGACGCAGGUAAAAAUUACGGCUACAUGUCGUGUGCAAUUCAAUACUAAAAAGAACAGCAACCACCUCUAGUAUAGGUACAACCAUCAUCAUCAUCAAUACUAACUUCUAUGCAAAAAUAUUGUCUCGUAGGUGAUCAUGUUGUCCUGCAACAGGUGCACACUGCAUGACAGCAUGAUACUCGAUUGUUGACUCUAUUCAUACUUAUCCAUGGCUGUGAGUGCCUGGUGUGGGGUACAAGACCUGGGAGGGGAUUUUCAUCUUUUUCCCUGUAGCUGUAUCUGCAAAAAUCUCAAGGGAGAACUCAAAAGACAUGAUACCUAUACCCAGUAAUCUUCAUAGUCGUGAAUGCUCACCUCUCCGCAGGCGAGCCCACUCCUAGCCCAUCCUCCUCUACAAUUCCAAUGGAACAGACAGCAUGGCUACAAUGCUCUCUCAAAAAGCUCUAAAUCUAUCCUAUCCUAUCCUAUCCUCACCUAGACGCCACUCCUAUCCUAUCCUCCUCUAAACAACCGGUGAUACCGAGAAGAAAGCCGAGCAAGGUCUUUCGUCGAUAUUGAAGGGGAAACAAGCGGCUCAGGCGAUCAAGAAGCAGGUUCGCGUCGAUGACCCCAUGGGCAUAGUCGAGAUGGUCAAAUUAAGGCAUGUGCAUGUCCUUAAAACUAUUGUAACACGCUUUUUUUUUCUUUCUCUUCCCUAGAUAGGUCGUCUGCUCCACCGUAAAGUAAAUUACUGAAAAUUAAGAACAUCAUGGUCCAAGAAUCAAAUUAUUAUUAAACGAAGCAUGUCGAUGUCCCUGUAGUCCAUGUGGUCCUUAACAACAUGCAUGAUUUGUGUAGAAGUUGAAAGUGGAGCCAAGGACGUUCUACUCAGGGAUGCUCUCGCUCUCGCGGUAGCUGCUCUAAUGAAGGAGGGAGAGCCAAUAGUAUCUGCUCGGAUUCCAGUGGGCGAACGCGUGAUGUCCGAGUCUGUGCUGAACGCAGGCCACGCUGUGCUAACCCGAGAAGAAGAGGAAAGGAUCCAAAAGCGAGAGGCGAGACGCAAACGAAGAAGCGACAAGAUCGGAAAAUACAGAAAUGACACGGAAAAAGGCUUCAUUGUUACGGUUUAGGUUACUGAUUCUUAUAAGUACAGAAAUAUUGACACGGAAAAGGUAAAGGGCCUCAUAGUUCACGACAGAGGGCGGUACUUAUUCUCAAGUACAGAAAUGACACGGAAAAUGGCUACUUCAUAGUUCAUCACGACAGAGGGCACUAUUCCUUGUGCCCUUGGUUUCAUCUUGCCAGUUGUAGUUUAGGGUGACUACUUGCGACGUGCUGAUGAUGAUGUGCUUGAUGUACAUAGGGCAACACAUUACUAGGGUCGUAAAAACAGCACUUAGGGCACUAUUUCCUGGAAAUUAAUAUUGCUGGAAAGAAAUAUUGAGUCGUAACGGCGACAGUAUUAAGGACGCAUACAUUUCCUCAUCUAAGCUAGGCCAAGUCGCGGAAAUUCUAGUGCCGCCAACGGCUGCUUCCACGUCGUUGGCGUUGUUGCCGAAGGACAAGAUCGAAGCGGAGCGAAAGCGAGCCCUUCCCGAAGAAGGCUCAGAGGAGUGGAAGAAAAUGCUAGAGUUAAGACUAAUACUACAACUGGAGAAGUAUGUAAGUAUUCUCGUUGUUCUCCUUAGUUCUUGUAUCAUGAUGAUGUCCUUAUAACCAUGACAGUCCUUAGUUCUUGUAUCAUGAUGAUAUCCUUGACGAUAACUACACCUCCAUGAUGGUCCUUAUUAACUGGAUCAGCCAAUCAACUGCAUCUGGGUUACAACCUUAUAAUAUAUAACAUAUCGCUCCUGAAGCAUUUUUUCCUAUUUAACACACCAUAACUCUUGGAAGCAUUCCCUAUAACAAGUAUAAUCAUGCUCAUGAUGAUUGAACCUGAAGCAUCCAUAUGAUUUUCCUAUAAACUCACACCGUAAUGCAUGUCUCUUCUCUAACAAAGGCAGAUCCAUGGGCUGUGCGGAGUGAACGCGCAAAACGCUUUGCCGAGAAGCGUUUGAUUAUGGCUAGUAUAUUCCUACUCAUGAUACCGUUUGUUCUGUCAUAUAUUUACAGGAAUGAUCAAAGUCAAUUACGGACGUCAAGAGGUGCUCUAACUUGAGGGAUCCUUUAGCGAGUUCUAUGGGCCCUGCGUUUCUGGAGGGCAUUGGAGGCAAAGGCACCGUUGCUGCGAUGCAAGUCGAUAGGCAGAUGCAGCGACUAUCAGUAAAAGGAGGCAAGGGCAGUCGCUCAUCGUCCAUGGGAAUGUUAAGGCUUGAAAAAAUCCACCUAUUUCUCUUCCUCCCCAAGCAUCUUACGAGGAAAAAAGAAGAUCACAAAGUAAAAAGAAACUUUUGUAAGGGACCAUUAUUUUGUAAGAUUGAGUCAAGGUAAGGAGCCAUUUUGUAAUGCACCACUUUGGAAAAAACUUUUGUAAGAUUGAUUGAGUCAAUUUCUAUGUCUAAGAACGGUAGGUAUGGGGGCGUUAUCUUCUAGCAGUUUCGGCAGUGGUUUCGGAAGCCAAGCGGACCUCAACCAGGCUGGCACGCCAGUAGGGGGUGGACGACCCAGCUUCGGCAAAGGUAGUGGCGGCAAGUCCGGGUUCAUUCGCAUUCCCGGCGAAAUGGGGUAUCGCCGUUUGAGCGCGCUGACACUGGAGGAAAUAGAAGAAGCGCGAGCCGGAAAGACGAUGCAGGAAAGCGAACAGCGACGAUCAAGCAGUGCAGGUCCGCGGGGCUCGCAGAGGAUUUCGACGGCGAGUACCGGGAGCGGGGGCAGCAAGGUACGAGGGAGUAAAACGAGCGGGAGCACAGACGACGAUGAGAAGAAGAGCGCUGACGCGCUUGCACUCGUGCCUCUGGCAACAGCAAAUGACCGUCGCGGCGCAGCAUCCCCUGAGGGCGAAGCGCAAAGCGAGCCGCGUCGCGAGACCAUUUUUCAUGGUGUUCGCGAGUCGACAGCAUCAGCUGACAUUAAGGCUAGAAGAACUGACUACCUAUUUCUACAACUGUUACAGUACAUCUUGGUCCCCCCGUUAUUUUUCCACAGGGACAACUAAACAGGAUCCAAGAUGACGACCCCGAAGAUGGAUUUCUCUUAGUGUUCUAAGGACAGUGCGAGGCAGGAGAGAGCGACUGCCGCACCGAGUGGCACCAAUGAGGCCUCGCACCUAGCAGCGGGGUUUCUAGAGCGCCAAAGGCUAGCCAUUGAAGAUGAAAAGGAUGAAGAGGGCACGACAAAAAAUGAUGAAACGAUCGGAAAGAAGGAAAAAACAAGGAAAAUUAAGGCUCGAUACAAUUCAUUUCCAGGGCUCACUUUCUUCGGUCUCCUUCAUAGGAUUCUGAAGAAAUAGUAGAGGUUUGAGCUCAAAGAAUCGGUUUGAGCUCUAAGAAAAGCAGAAAGAGCGUAAGACUGAAUACCUCAGUAGCUCGGGAAGUAGAUGCUGGAGGGUCCUCGUCCUCUUCCGGGAGCUCUUCGAGCUCUUCUGGGAGCUCAGAAGACGAAGCGACAGCAAAGGCAAAGGAAAUUGUGCAAGCCGACACGGAUACCUCCUCAGGCGUCACGUCUGAUGAUUAAGGCUGUAAUAAGAAGCCAAAGUGCAAAGUCGACAUGCAUCGAAAUGCAUGCUUUACUACUUACUGUUGUAGUUACUACGUACUUACUAGUGUUACUUAUAAUGAACAUAUUUGUAAGAGCUACUAGUAGUAGCGUUAAUAGAUAUAUAAGAGUACAACUAGCGUAGCUUUUUUUACAAUCGACAUCAGUGUAACGUACUCGGCUUACGUACUAGUGUAACUUAGAAAUAUAUAAGAAAUCUCCCACUUGCACUUCCUUAUCCUUAUAUCAACAUGGAAAUUCUAGUACGCGUACACGAACCUCCAACAUCAGCAUGCAUCGAAAGGGUUUACUACUACUAGUGUUACUUAAGGUUCAUCAUUGUAUGUACAUCAACUAGUAACUACAAAAUAGUCUUGCUUCUUGUCAGUCGACGUUUCUUAGUAAUUCAGGGCAUUAUUCUCGAUUCUUAUGUAUUUUUUUUUUGAAAAUAGUCAUCUGAUGAGAUCCGCUUCUUAGUUUACUACUAGUACUAGUACUACUACUAGUGAACAAUUCUUAAGAACGCAGCUUAUCGUUGGUCAACUUUUCAAAGAAUUACAACUUGCUUUCUAAUUAUAUGUCUCUCCUUAGCGCACCAGUCAAACAUAUUGCAAUGCCUCAAGUUAGGCCCAUUCGUUCAGUGAUUCAGGUUUGCUAGUUUUACCUUACGUUGUUCAGCACGCAUAGUUGUACAAGAAGUAUAUUUAGGUCCAUUUUUAGUUUACUAGUGUUACUCUUCUUCAUCUUCAGAAGGUCGUCGGAUCACUUCCUAUCCUACCACUUCUAAGAAGAGGAAGACAUGAAAAUGCGUGGGCUUCUAUACAGACUGAUUGGCAAGCGACUCGGUGCAAGAUCACAGCGGUUGUUCGGCAUCAAGCACAAACCAAAGAUAUGGCAGAGACAAAGAAACUUUUUUUUUAACAAUCAUUUUCAUAGUACUCAAAAAACUAUACUUAAAGUAGGAGGCAGGCAGGAGGAUCUAUUAUGCUUAAUCUGCGGAAGGUGAGUCAAGUCCUAUCAUAUCCUUGUUUUUGACGACACCCGCAUUUGUGUGUGAGUACACAACCUACACCUUUCUCAUUCUCACCUACUUACCCUCAUUCUCACCUUUCUCACCUAAGUAUCCUAAAACACCUUUCUCACCUAUCCUAGUGCACUUUUCUCACCUAUCCUCAACCUGAUUGUCCUCAACCUGAUUGUCCUCAACCUGAUUGUCCUCAACCUGAUUGUCCUCAACCUGAUUGUCCUCAACCUGAUUCGGACCUAUCCUCAACCUGAUUCUUCAUAGAAAAAGUGGAAAGACCUGACGAUUCGCGAUCUAGCCUUUUCGAAUUUGAGUCCGGUUUACUUUGUCGAACGCGCAAACUUGAUUCGAAAUUUGUGCUUGUUAUGGGCCUUUUGCCGCCUCUUCUAUUGGGGAACGUAUCCGGUAUUCAUUUUCAUUCAUGUUGUAUUCGAAAUCUUUUUAAAGUAACCGAGUUAGUGACUGAAAUAUAAGACUCACUACCUUGCUCUUCUUUCGGUAUCUCUUCUAUUAUUCUAAGUACAGUUGCUCGGAUAUUUCAGCUUUUCGAAUACUUUGUUUUCUUUGGAUGAGUUCUUCGACCUGCCUUGUUCUAGAGGUAGUAAGUAUCGCGUUUUUUUUGUCUGGGGGUAUAGAGCCGUCGCGACUUAUUUGGGGAUUGUGUGUGAUAUUAGUGCGUGUUUUGUUUCGCCUCUUGUAUCUAUCUGGUCUAAGGUUGUUUUUUUUUGUCUCACGACUGUCUAGACGCGGCUAGCCAACUUCUACGGUUGAAGGUGUGGUCUUGAUGUUUUGAAAGUGAGGUCCUGUUUAAGAUUCAUGUACCUGUUCUAGGUUACUGACCUAAUUCUGGCUACCCACUCUAAUGCGAGUCUGAGGCGUUGUUCUUGAUAAGGGUAGUACUUUUGACGAGGUUCAUGUGUUUUUUUUUGGGGUUCACAGUGGGAGGAUUUCCUCAGUCUGAUUUUAUCAUGAUAUUAACGCCUUGAUGCCCUUUUUGAUGGAUCGCUGCAAUAAAAGUCUAGUCCUUGCACACACUUUAUAACGACGAUUCUCGUCUUCCUUGCGAAUCAAGACAGGAUAAAGCAAUAGUAGAGAAAUCAGUAAUCUUCUUCUGUUUGAUCUGGAUCCUGUAUGAUCGAUAAAGCAGGCCUUCUGAUACUGAUCUGGAUCCUGUAGUAAUCUGUAUCAGUAUGAUCGAUAAAGGCCUUCUGGUACUGAUCUGGAUCCUGUAGUUCUCCUACACCAACCUCUUGUCAGGCAUAUCAAUCAAUCAAUUCUCCAUUUUGCAUUUUUUCAACACCAGGAUCCAGAGCAGUAUCAGAAGGCCUUUAUCGAGCCCGUGUAUGCUGCGAACUUUUGGCUCUUCGAAUGGGACGACAAGACCCCUCUGGAGCUCUUCGGGAGCCAGGUAGCCUUCUUCCUCGCUUUCUGGAUGCUCAACUUAGGAACAGGAAUGGGAAUAGAAGUUAAUGGGAACAGUAGAAGUAGAUGAAGUUUUAGAAGUAACAGUAGAAGUAGAUGAAGUUUUAGAAGUUCUUUUUUUUGAUAUGGGAACAGUAGAAGUAGAUGAAGUAGAAGUUCUUGUAGCAGAUCAAGUAGAUGAAGUUUUAGAAGUUCUUUUUUUUUGAUCGAGGGAGAAGUAGUGAACAGAAGAAAAGUCUGCUGGUUCAUCUACUGGACCCACACCUAACCUAACCUUUUCAUCGAGAAGUAGUGAACAGAAGAAAAGUGAACAUAGUCAUAGGUAUAAUGCUAAUGGAUCUAGAAGUAGUGAGUCAUGGUGAACUUAUGUGAAAAGAAGAAGCUAUUUAUCUACAAGUACAGUGAGGGUGAAGGACAGAGGAAGAUAUUUCUGUUGGGUAGUUGUAAUGCAUUAAUAAGUGCUGCAAGUUUAUUAAAGAGUCAGUACAUUCUCACUCUGCUGGGUAGAUAUGAAGCGAGAACUUGAACUUGUUUAUACACAGAGUUUCACAAUCAGUUGUAUCACAUAUUAUGAUCACAUCUUCAUGAUCUCGUUUAUUCCUCUUGACAACACGACGGGAGAAGUACUUCUUACUCUUGUUCUUCUACACUAGAACUCCAACUCUAAUGACAGUGUGCAACUUAGUCUUCCCACUGAUUACGGUGUACAUGCUCAUCUCCGACUUCUUGCUGAUUCUGUGCAUUGCCAAUGGUGCUGGAGAUAGCAAUUCCGUGUUGUCGGGGUACAAACGAAAGUACGCCUCCCAAGCAGAAGCCAAAGCUGAAGCCGCCGCAGCUGAAGAGCAGGAACAAGGUGCUGUUAUGUGAAGGAAAGUUGUUCCAGUACUACGUACUAGUUACUACAACUGAAGAGAGAACUAGGACUACUAGUUACUACUGAACAAGAGAGAACUAGUCCUACCACUAGUCAUAGAUAAGUAUAGACCCAGCAGGUAACAAAAAGACAAAUCUUGUAGGGAAAUCAGGACUCCUGAAUGAGUAAUGGCUCCGUUGCUCUCCUUUCAGUAUGAUUUCGUUUGUUUUAAGUAACUAUGAGUAUUACUUUCUUGCUUAUGAUUUCAGUUUAAAUUUAGAAUAGCUGAAUUAAUACUGGUGAGGGUGGUCCUUCAUCUUCUUCAUACUUCAUGUAGAGGAAUGUUGUAUUUAAUCCAUUCAACUUUGUAGUACAUCAAAAAAAAUAGAAGUAGAUACAAUCUCUUGUGCUAGACGAAGCAAUGUAGUUGAUUGACUUAUCUGAUAACUCAAUGAGGCAUGAUUGACCCAGAUCGAUCCCUUUCCUACAUUGUAAGUAGUGAUAGGGAUGUGUUGCCUCAUCUGUUUUAUUUAGAAGUCUUGGUGAUUCUAUUUGUGGAAAUAAUUUGAAUUUGAUGCUUUCAAAGAACAAAAGACUAGAUGACCGGCCUAAACCACUUUCUUCACCAGCGACUCUUCUGAAAGGAGAAGUUCCAAGUACAAUAUUUAUGAAUGUUUCUAAUAUCGGUGGCGUGAAAGGGAAAGUAGCGCAAUAUAUGUCGAUCAUCGAGAAAAAGGUGGCUUCCAUCGGAGGCAUCAUGGCCUCAGAGCCGCUCACAAUGAAACACGUGAUCGACCCAACGGACCACGCUGCACGCAUUACUCUAGACCUCUCCGACUAUAGAGUCUUUCGUUUCAGCAGGUACUUUCAGCAGGUCUAAUUUACUUCUUGUUUGCUCAUGCUUUUGAUUCUAAGAUUCUGGAUUUACCCUGCAACUACUUGUUGUUUCUGAGUUCUUCUACUAAGUAGAGGACCGCCUACUUCUCACCUCCACAUCAGUUACGUGUCUAAGUAGAGGACCUUCUCACCUUCGCCUCACCUAAGUAAGUGAAGCAACUUCCGCCUCCACAUCAGUUACGUGUCUGUGUGCCUGUCGAGCUUUUUCAUUUUUGGCGUGACGUGGUUUUUAUGGCUUGUUCUUCUAAUGAUCUAGAUACUAUAUAUAGUGCGUUCGUUUUCUCUAAGGAGAAACGAUGUCAAACAAGAUGAAGAGCCUAAAGAAGAGUACUCGACGAGGACUAGUAGAGAGCCUCACUUACAUAUUGAUGAAGAUGAACAAAAUACAACUAACAGGAAAACUGAAGAUGAUCGCUUCGCGAAUAGGUAACUUGAUCUAGACCUAGAUGGUACUAACCAAUGAUAGAAGAACUCUCUGAUAUAACUUCUACCUAACAAGGCAGGAUGAAAGCUCUCACUUCAGAUGCAAGCAAUUAGAUCUUCAACCUCUCGCGAGGCACUGGCACAUCAAUCAAAAUCAAUCAUAAUCAACCUCCUCUAAUGUUGACGACCGUGCCACUCUUGGGCCAGCCACCAGCUAUGGAACGCGCGAUGUUUUCCUUACACUGUGCCCUCAUCUUCGGCAAAUCCUUGCGAACAAGGUGGGGCUGGGCGUCCCAAUCAAGGGCAGCGUCGCUCAGAGAAUUACGGCUCGUAUAAUCCUGUUGGUCGCAAUGGAACACCCUCAACUCAUGUCUUCAGAGGAGCGAGCAGCCCAAACAAGUUACAUUAUAUUAGUAGGAGCCUAUGCCUACUUCUAUACUUCCGUUUCCACAGUAGUAUCUUCUAUGUACCUAGUGUUGAAUGGUUCCCGGAACCAUUACCAAAUACCGGAAUCCGGUAUUUGGUAACUUGAAUUUGAUCAUAAGGGAAAACAAGAAGAGAACCCUUAUGAUCAAACUCAGGCUACCAAAUACCAGAACCAUACAACUACAAGUGUAUGAUUGCAGCUCAACAGACUUAUGCGUAUCCCUAUGUCGAUGAUCCUUUGUUUUUCUUGACCAUCCAUUUUCUUGACCAUAUAAUCUUCAAUGAUCGUUAAUAUAUCCUAAUCUUCAGUGACCUUCCAAGUUUUAUGAUGAUCUUAGAAGAUAAAACCCCUAAUCUUCAGUGACCUUCCAAGUUUUAUGAUAGAAACCUAGAAAAGGCAUCUUCAAUGAUCUAAGGCCUAGUAUGUUGUUUCAUGAUGAUCUUAAUCUUAGAAGAUAGAAUUAGAACCCCUGUGCUAAUUCAAGCAAAAAUGCCUGGCGAGUUUGAUAUUCUUGCCGGCUUUUUCCGCGAAAGAGGAACUGCACUGUACCAGUUCGACCUUCGUGCGUUCUAUGGAGCUACCGGUAUCUUGGCAGCCAAGGCGUUCUUUUUAAGGAAAGAGAUGAAGUGCAUCUAGUAGUAGAAGGAAAGGUUGCUGCAUCUAGUAAUAGAAGGAAAGGGUUGUGCAUCUAGUAAUAGAAGGAAAGGGUUGUGCAUCUAGUAGAAGGAAAGGGUUGUGCAUCUAGUAGUAGGACGAAAGGGUGCAACUAGAUGUUCUAGUAGAUCUACUUUCCUGGAAUUACUACAUAAUAAGUAGGGUGCAUCUGUAGUAGAUCUACUUUUUGAGGAAAUUAUCUAGUAGGUCAAGAUCUAGAAAGAGUCGUGGAAAGCGCAUCUAGUUGAUCAAGAUCUACAUCUUGUAGUUGGUCUAGUGUAUUUUCUAGAAAAUAAAAAGAGAUAAAACUGUUGUCGAUUGUAGGAAAGCAACGCGAGUAGACGUUGCUUACAGUAGUAGACUACGCGACUACUUUGUCAGUUUAAUAUCUUCAGUAUAUCUGCAUCUAGUAAUUCUAAAUCACUGAUAGAAGUAGAUGAAUUUAAUAGUUAUAUGCACACGUUGAAAUUACUAACCGUCUGUGCUUUCACUAAACUACGAUCUUCAGACUGAUUUUGUUCGAAUGAAUUUUCAACAUGAUGCCUGAUCUGUCAGCGUCUUGGCUUCGGUCAUGAUCACUAUGAGAACUUAUCUCUUCUACGGGUACUUCUAGGAGCAGUACCUUCCUAUCAGGGGUACGCGCACAUCAAUCAGUCAGUCAAUCCAUCAAUGCAACUAAGCUACGAGAAAAUUCAACCAGCAAUGUAGCUUCACCUACCUGUUCUAAUCUUGGCGCUAUGGCGUCGACCUUUCCAGAUGAUGCCGUGGAAUCCGUAUUUGCUUUUUCUGCUGCUAGAACUCGCUUUGGAGAUUCCUUUGAUGAUCGCGGUUUGGCACCAGUAUACGGUUUUUGUUAUGGCAAGAACUAGUGCAAAAUGUUUGAAAAUCAAUUAAUACAGAUUUACUAGGUGGAUUUAGGAGUAGAUCUAUCGAAGAAGCGAACACAGAAGUAACUUCUAGAACACAGAAGUAACUUCUAGUACUCCAGACGUUAGAAGAAGCAAGUAAUUCAAGAAUAGCGCCAAAUUGAUUUAGAGUUUUAAUAGCCCACCUCUAGCUCUAAAGUAACUACUUUCGUAGCAUGUCAUUUAAGUUUUUCGACGCCUUUUUCUGUCUGAAGAAAAGCAAGCACUUAAAGGAUGAUGUCAAACUUUAUAGCUUAGUCCUAAUAGCUCUACUAUACGCUCUUCUACCUUUAUAGCUUAGUCGUAAAAAUAGCUCUACUAUACGCUCUUCUAUUAUAUAUGUUUCAGGGCGCGGGGCGACGCCCCCCCCCUAGCGGGGGGGGGCGGGCGCCCUGCCCCCCUUUUUAAGGCGUCUGCCGGGGGGGAAGGCCUCAAAAGGGGGCCCAGUGACCUCCCCCCUCCGCUCCCUUCCAGCUGCCUCACUGUUCCCUAGGGGCCUCGGAUGGUGGUGGGAGGCUUCAAAAGGGGCCCAAGGGACCGCCUGCGCCCCCGUCCAGGUGCCUGCUUGUGCCUAAUAGCUCUACUAUACGCUCUUCUACUAUUAUAGCUGUAUUACGCCAGGUCUUCUACAUAGCAGUAGUCCUAUGAGCUCUACUCAUGAUCCUAGGGUAUGAUUAUCAGUCCUGUGCUUCAUCUAGUAGUAUGGUUCUAGUCCUCCUCCUCCUCCUCCUCCUUUUCUAUGAGCUGCGGAUCUAUCUCGUAAUCCAGUUCCUCCUCUAUGAGCUGCGGAUCUCCUACCUCGUAGUGUACCUCUAACAUCGCUCGCUGCUGGUAUGCUGGGUCCCGGCGUCACGCCCGUUUAGUCGAACGAGAACGGCAGAAAUGCCGACGCGAGAAGCAAAGACAUGUUGAGCGUCUCCAGGGAAAGCGUUUGACAGUGCAUAGUGGCACCAACAUUUAAGGCUUACUUUUUUACUCGUAGAAGUAUUAUGUAGAUCAUUAGUCCUCUCUACUCUGGCUAGGUAGUUAUCUAGUAGUGAGGAUCUGUCUCCAUAGUUAUCUAGAAGUAAUGCCAUGACUUCUAUUUCAUUAUGAAAAAGAAGAGUAUCUUCUCUUCCCAGUAAAUGUUUCGUCUUGCCGGUGAUUAGAUAUGAUCACUUGAGACGCAAUGAAUGAAUAAAAUCCCAGUCCUUCUACCAAGUGCUGGCAAAACAUCGUGAACCGAGUGCAGCAUAGGUAAGAUCAUCGCUCAAGUAUCGUAAAAUAAUGUAAUGUUGAUCCAUCCACCCUAUACACAGAGAUAGAAGUCUAGGGAUCUUAUAGAAGUGCGUGCUGAGUGGAGCAUAAACUACAAUGCUGAAUACGGUGACCUAUGGUUGCGUAGGGAUUCCAGUCUAUGAGAUGAUUUCGUCCUCUUGUUGUAUAGGAAAUAUCGUUAUCCCUCAAGCUCUAAAACAUCUUUCGCGAGGGACACCGAUCCGGCUCAGUUCGAGCACAAUGCUACAAUCUUGCUGGUACAUUAUCUACUAGUGGAGGUGCUAGAGAACCUUUCCCUGUUGUAGUACGAGAGGACUACAAAUGUGCUCUUUUUGUUUUGAUAUAGUUAAAACUGUCCAGAGACCAGAGUACUUAAUACUUGAUGUUGCAUUUGUUGUUUAGAUACGUCUUAUCGCUAGUCCCUCACUUGUUUACUAACUAAGUUCUCGCUCACAUUCAGUAUCAGAUAUAUUUUGCGUGACUUGCUACAAUUGAUGAAGGCGAACAUGCUUUUUCUGUUCUUCUUACUUACUUUAACAACUUCAAAUUUGUUACGGUUUGUUGAGUCAUCUAGCUGCUCGUUCGUGGGCUGUAGCUCCUCUUUCUUGGUCAGCGCGGAUCAAAAUAUAAACAAGGGACGAUCAUCUCGGCCUGCGGGGUAUACCAUAGAAGAGAAGCAUCCUUUUCAAAUUCCAGUAUAUUAGUACCAUAGAAAAGAAGUAGCCCUCUUUUGUUUAUGUUCUGAGCAAGUUGAUCACAUCACCGUCUUCACCAGGUCUAGGACCGCGGUUCCAGCGCUCAUAUUUGAUUCCGGAACGUGAUCGGCUCUUUGCGCCUCUCCUCUUAGAUCGACGCAGGAACGAUACCACAGUGGUCGGCGGUCGUGUCUCAAGCAAGCUGGAUCAUGCCUUGAGGAAGGUGGAGGUGGUAGAUGCCAUGCAAGAUUUGCUUGCGUCCAAACUUCAAGCUAAGAUCGGCGCCCCUCCGCGUACACGCGCAUCGCCCGCAUCAAAUGUUACGAGUCAACAUUCAUAAUUUUAUUUUUAGGAGCAGCUGAGAGCUGAAAGCUUCUCAACCUCCUCACCAAGUUCGUCAAAUCUUUGGCUUUAAAGUUAUUUUUCUUGCUAAUUAAGAUACGACUAUUAUCAAUUUAUUAUACGGCUAGGAGAAUUCAUGAAGAUGUAUUUGAUACAAGCGCAAGCCGCUAAAAUGCUUCCCCCCUGUCUACUCCUACAAGAAGUGCUUCGCUCUGCCCACAUUACUGCUGCUACUAUGUCUAAUCCAGAGUACUGCUGCAACUGCUUGUUCUCUCUACCUACACUGCUUCUCUCUGCCUUGUCUACCUGUUUCGAAGUAGUACACUAUCUGUAGCUGCACUACUUCUCUUCAGUCUACUAUACUUCUUAGUCUUACUAGUUCCACCACAUGACUUUGCCCUGUCUACUUCUAGUACAAUGUCUACUUUUUACCUCUAGAUCUACACUAUCUGCUUCAGUUUUUCGAAAACUACUUUUACAACUAGUACACUUAGAGCUAUGAUCUCAAAAGAGAUUCAGCUAAGUCGUAGGUCCAAUCCGAACCGACUAACAUCAUGAUGAAGAACUACGAUCUACUUCCACUUCUACUUCUUCUAACAUGUUGGUUGGAGCGGCUACCAGUGUAGUAGUCAAAGGAAAAGGCGGGCCUGGCGUGCAAAAUUUAGUGGGUGGCGCUAAAGGCCAGAUUGCCAAGGACCAAGUGAUCUCCAAAGGAACCCCCGUUCCAGAGGCGUAGUUCCAGAGUAGAAGAGUAUUUAGAAAAGGGGACUUCGAGGUUUAUACUUUUAUGUUAUACGUCAACAUGGAUCAGAAGACAACAAGAAAGGUGAAAUAAAGUAGAAGCUGAAAGCGAGAUGAUCCACCUUGUGGCCAGCAAAAAAGGGAACAUACUAGAGUGAGUGAGGCGAACGAAAUUAUAGAGAGACGACUUUAGAGAAAUGAUACAAGAACAUUAUUGAAAAGCAGAAAUAAAGGGACAAGAUACUUUACUAUUUUUAUUAAGAAGGGAACAACAGCGAAGGGGAACACACCGACACAGAUGAAUUAUGAGUAGAACAAGAUCUUUGAAAAAUUUAUUGUUGAAAAGGGAACGCAGAAUGAAUACUAGGACUAGGAACAACAGAGUCCUCUAACUAUAUCAUGCUGAUGUAAAAACGUCGAUAUAUGGUGCAUCACUUCGAUCAUCAUGGUCCUCUGUUUUUUAACCGAGAGCGUGAAGAAUAUUACUUAGUUUUAGUACGUAGGUGAAGACCAAGACAUCAGUUGUACUACGCCUUCUAAGAAGGAGUCGUGCAACAUGAUGCUGAAAUUAAAUGACCACUUGUUGGAAUUUUUGGUCGUAAGCUGUUGAGGAAACAAGGUCGUUACUGAUGAGGAAACAAGGCCGUAGUAAGAUUCUGAUGAUCAAGAAUAGCAGUUCUCUUCGUAGGUCGUCGUACUAAAGGCAUGUCAGCCAUAGGAGCUUGUGCCUUAUGAUCGCUGUAGACGACUUAGCCUUGUCACAACGACAACUGUAGACUUUUUAAUAUGUACUUUUAUAGUAUACAUAUUACUUCUACUGCAUGAAGAUGGCUCCUCUUAAAACAUGAAUCGAAGGCGUUCAAUUGCGAGCUUCAUUCUAUGACCGUGAUCCAGGUCUUGUGCACAGACUACAGAGUACUAGGUAGUAAUUGAAUCUAUUCGGCAACAUGUCUAGCCUGUUUUUAGAAAUUAACUCCUCUACAACUUCAAUAAAUAUUUAUCCAAAAAAAUUGCCAAUUAAGUUGUUCUUUGAGCGGCAGACUAAAUAUCGAUUCACUUUCCUAGAAGGAAGCGUGCUGCAGUCUCUUGCUUGCUGCGAAACAGAAUUAUUCUGAGUACUUUCUUAAUUAUAUUUCCUAAAUAUGAUUCUGAGUACCUCGUCCUACUAGAACAAGGCAAACGUUCUUCCACCUCCAUUUCUAGUCUACUUCUACGAGUACAGACAAGUGACACACUACUACGAGUUGUACAGUAGACAAAACUUUUAAAGCGUGCAUCACGUCGAAAUUCAAUCUCCUUCCGAAAUUAACCUAGCAUGC